CCCCAUCGUGAUGAAUCGACCACUACAGCCGUCACCGGCGCGAGUAACCCACUCGAGUGGUCAUGAAGUGGGCUGUCUGCUGCUGAAGACACCGCUGCUUCCCAGUGGUACAAACGAGACGGAUUGUGUUCAAACAACGGCGUUUUUAAAGGAUUAAAUGAGGCGGUGAAUGUGGGUCGUCCGGGCCGAGAGAUGAGAACAGCUCCACACAGAGGAAGGGCUUGAGAGGAAAGAAUGGGCAGGAGUGUCUGGGGCUGCUGGCAGAGCGUCUCCUCCACGGCGGUGCUUUACGGCUCAUUGGCCCUGUUCACAUCCAUCCUGCACAAUGUGUUCCUGCUGUACUACGUGGAGACAUUUGUGGCCAUCUACAAGAUCGAUAAGAUCUCCUUCUGGGUGGGAGAGACCAUAUUUCUUAUCUGGAACAGUUUGAACGACCCUCUCUUUGGCUGGCUCAGUGACCGCUCCUUCCUCAGCUCUCCUCAGUCGGGCUCCCAGAUCACGACUCCAGAGGUGGUGCUGAAGCGUCUGAAGGCCCUCUCCACAAACGGACCUCUCUUCUCUCUGUCCUUCUUGGCUUUCUGGGUGGCGUGGGCCAGCCCGGGUCUACAGUUCCUGCUCUGCCUGUGUCUGUACGAUGGCUUCCUCACCAUGGUCGACCUCCAUCACAGCGCCCUGCUGGCCGACCUCGCCGUAUCUGCUGCUGACCGCACGCGCCUCAACUUUCACUGCUCUGUGUUCAGUGCUCUGGGCUCCCUUUCCGUCUUCCUGUCCUACUGGUUCUGGGACAAGGAAGACUUCUACUCCUUUCGUUUCUUCUGUGUGACGCUGGCGGCGUUUUCCAUCCUGGGAUUUUUCUUUGUGUCUCGGUUGCUGCAGCGGCGCUUUAAAAAGGACGCUCACCCUAAACAAGACGAGGCGUCAACGCUUAAAGAGCUGAGUGUUGGCUCGGCUCCAUUCACACAACCAGACCGAGCCGUCACCAUCAGACAGUACCUCAAGCAGCUCUCCAAACACAAGAACUUUCUGUGGUUCGUGUCAAUGAACUUGAUUCAGGUGUUUCACUGCCACUUUAACAGCAACUUCUUUCCUCUGUUCCUGGAACACCUUCUGUCUGAUAACAUCUCCGCCUCUGCAGGAUCCAUUUUAUUGGGGAUCUCCUACGUCGCCCCUCACCUGAACAACAUGUAUUUCCUGACACUGUGCCAGCGAUAUGGCGUUUAUCAGGUCAUCCGCUGGCUGUUCUUGCUCAAAUUGGGACUGAGUGUAGUUAUGCUGCUAGCAGGAGCUGACCACAUUUAUCUGCUGUGUAUUUUCAUUGCUAGCAACCGGGUGUUCACAGAGGGCACCUGUAAGCUGCUGAAACUGGUGGUUUCUGAUCUGGUCGAUGAGGACUUUGUGGUGAACCGACGCCAGCAGGCUGCCUCUGCCCUCCUUUUUGGGAUGGUCGCCCUGUUAACCAAACCUGGACAGACCUUUGCCCCACUCAUCGGCACCUGGCUGCUCUGUGUUUACACAGGUUAUGAUAUUUUUGACAGAGCGCCUUUGAAGGACUCCGUGAUGGUGUCUGACACUGCCUCCAGCUCAGGGACUCCACCUCUCCGCCUGGGUUGUUUCUACAUGUUGGUUUUCGUGCCUAUCGCCUGCGCCCUGCUCCAGCUGGCCGCCUGGUCUCGCUUCACGCUUCACGGCAGAAAACUCCAGGGAAUCAAGACCCAGCGACAGGGGAUCCAGCAUGGUCACCUGAUUGAUGUCAAGGCCAUUUGAACUGGAAAGGGAUGCGUGACACUGCACACAGACACUUUGAAUAUUUUUUUUUAUGUAUAUCUAAUUUCUUAAAGGAAGCAGAAAGUUGUUGACUUUCCACCUUGGCCUCUGUGUAAAAACAUGAACUAAUUAUUGGAUUUUCUGUACAGUUGGAAGCUACAAAAGGCUUAAAAAUCCCACUGGAGGAAACCUUGAAAAAUGAAAUAUGCCUUAUUUUUUUAAUAAUAAACAUCAGAGUACAUUUAUAUUUAAAUCAAAGACCAAAUGUUAACAUAAAACCAGUCUGUCAUUCUGGUUAACGUGGACCAAGAUGAGCAUUUCAUGUGUGGGGUCUAAAAAGUGCCAUGUUUAAAACUGUAAAGCACCAUUGUGAGUAUUUGCUGCUACAUAAGACUCAUCCACACUGUUUAUCUGUUCAUGUAGACAGAAAUACUAAAGAAGUAUUUUCAUUGUGCCAUUCAUUAUGUUAUGAAACCUGUCUUUAAUAUUCACAAGUACACAAAAUGUCCUGCCACGUUGACGUUUUUAUGUUUUCCAGUACUAAAUCUUUUUAUACGUUGCCAUCUGUCAGCUUUGUUCUAAUACUUUUAUUUGGACAUAUUUAAAUUUGAUAGUGAAAACAGAUGUAAAACAAUUAUAAUUAGUGUUUUGUUGAAGAUUUGUUAGGUAUUUGAACCACAAAUAAAAUGUUAUGUUUAAAAUAAACUUAACUGACAUGUCAAUACCAAUAACUAGAAAAUAAACUAUAUAUAUAUAUUAAUAUAUAUAAGUAAAACACCAGUUUUUCUAGAAGUUACUGCCAUAAAUAGGUUAGGAAGACUUCAUUUAAAAAAAAAAUUUGUCUUUUUAUUUUAUUUUUCUCCAUAAAAAUGAAGUCCUCAGGUUUUCUACAUUUGUUAA